CGGCCCAGCCCCGCUGCCGGCCGAGCGCUGCCCGCGCACCCCCCGCGGCCGCGCAGUCGGGUCGGGCGGGCUCCGGCGGCAGGGCAGGAUGGACCUGGCCGUGGACUUGUACCUGGCCGUCCCGCUGCUCUUCACCGUCCUGGCCCUCGUCCUCGCCUCCCUCUUCCUGAGGCUGCGGGGAGGCGGCGGCGAGCGGGCGGCGGAGGGGCCCCGGGAACCCGCGGCGGAGCCGGCUCGGGAGGGCGGCCCCGGGGGCGAAGCGGCGGCCGAGGGGCCGGAGGACGAGGGGAGCCGGGUGCCGGUGGAGGAGGUCGGGGUGGGAGACGAGGGGAAGGAGGCGGUCGCCGAGCAGCGGGACGCGGCGGCGGAGCCGGGCCCCGCGGCCGAGCCCAGCCCCGCGGCGGCCGAGAGCAUCCCACGGCAGCCGCCCGCGGAGCCCCGGCAGCCGCCAGAGGAGCCCCGGCAGCCGCAAGAGGAGCCUCGGCAGCCUCCAGAGGAGCCCCGGCAGCCUCCAGAGGAGCCCCGGCAGCCUCCAGAGGAGCCCCGGCAGCCCGGGCACCGGGAGGAUGCGGAGAGCAAGAUACCACCGUUGGGUGCCUCUCCUGGAUCCGGCCUCGGGCACACAGGACAAGCAGAGGACACGAGGGGUCACGCAGCACUUUCCAGCCAUGCAGAGGAGGAAGAGGUGGACUCAGAAAACGAGAAGCUGGUGGUGAGAGAGCCGGGGGAUGAGGAUGCUGCAGAUGAGACGUUUUCUUUUAAAUACAGUCCUGGAAAGCUAAGAGGAAACCAGUACAAGUCAAUGAUGUCCAAAGAAGAACUAGAGGAAGAACAAAGGGUUCAGAGAGAGCAGCUGGCUGCCAUCUUCAGACUGAUGAAGGAAAAAAGUGACACGUUUGGGGAGAUGUCUGAAGGAGACAUGAAGGAGCAGCUCAGACUGUAUGAUAUAUAACCCUGCAGCCAGGGGAGGCUGUGCCCAAAAGCCACCUUGGCCCUUGUUCUGCCGGACACUGGAGGCUGUAGUGCUUUAAAAGCGUCUCAGUAGUUAUUUUGCAGUUCCAGUUUGUUUUACAAACACAUAUAGGCCUGUGUUAUAUAUUUCAAAAGACUUGUAAUUCCUCAGCCUUUUAAUCAGUUUUCUUUGCAGA